AUGUCGUCCGAAGACGUGAAGACAAAGCAAGAUGAGUUGCGGGCAAGAAUCCUCCAGUCCACCUCCUUGCCUCGCCUCAAGACGACCAACACGACGUCCCUGGCUGCGCUGGAGAAGCUGAAGGCCGACCUGGAGGCCAAGCGACAGGGCAAGAGCACACCGCCGCCGUUGUCGCCCAAGCUCGCCUCCUCUGCGCCCGUGCUUCCCUCGGCCGGCUCGCUGAUCAGCCCUCGGUCUAGGGCCGAUGGGAGUCCGCCCGAAGCGCAGGAAGCGGGCAAAGAGAAAAAGGACAAAAAGGAAAAGAAAGAAAAGAAGGAAAAGAAGGAAAAGAAAGAAAAGGACAGCAGGCCGGGUACGCCGAUCCUGACGGUGACCGCGCCGCCGUCGGCCGUGACCGCCUCCAACUCGCCCCGGAUCAUUUCGAGCCCGCUCAGCCCGCGCGACACCGAAGUCACCGUCGUCGAUCUCGCCACCGAAUUCGAGGAGAUGAUGAACGACCUCAAAUUCACCGAUGCACAGCGAGAUCAGAUGGGAUCGCUUCCCGAAUCGCACAAACAGACCAUUCUGCUCCAGUGGAAGAAGAAAAAGGUCGCACUUGCCCAACGUCGCAGCUCUCACUCCACUCCCCCAGAGGUGCCGGCGCGAACCAGACCUCCUUCGCCGCUGAGUCACUCCGGGCGGUGUCUUCCCGCGGGCUCGACUCCUCCGCCGGUCAAUGCUGUGCUCCUCAGCCGCCUGGGCGAACAGGACAAGCCCUUCCUCGCGCCUCCCGCCAGCGAUGGCAGUGCGGUGAUGCUGGCGAACCUGGAGGCGCGCAAGCAAGAGAAGAUGGACGCGCUGAAAAAGCUGAAGGAGGAACUCGCCAUCAAGCGGCAGCUCGCGCAGAGAGGCAUUCAGAGGGAGGAGCUGAGCCCCGAGGCACUCCAGGCGCUCAUGAAAGAUCUCGAAGAGCAGCGCAGGGCGCGCCGAGAGGCCCGCGAGCAAAAGAUGAUGGCCAAGGUGGAGCAAAUGAAAAAGGACGGCAAGAUUUCCUCGCUGGCCGAUAUGCAGGAGGCCAUCCGCCAGGCGAACGAAAUGCGGCAGCAGCGAGCUGAGCGUGCACUCGCGCGCAAGCGGAGGAAGAGUACCAAGAAGCUCAUUCUCAAGGAGCUGGAGGGGAGUGGUAUCACAAUUUCGCGUCGCGGUAGCAUGAUCCAGACACCCCAGGAUGCCGCGAUGCUUCAGGAAACGAAGAAGCUGAAGCGGCUGACGAGGCAAAUGGAUCUGGAGGCCAAGGAGAUCAAGAUCGAUUCACAGCUCACCAACUUCCUGACCUCCAUGGUAAACCUAGAAGAGGAAUGGAAGAAACAAGAGCAACUGCGCAUCCAGCGACAGGUGGAGUUCGAGAUGCUGCAAAAGGAGCACGCGGAGGCGCAGGAGAGGCUCAAGCGGAGCGAAGACCUCAUCUCGGACACCAAAACCCGUCUCUCCUCCAUCGCCGCUGCUCUCGCCGCGGCGGCGGGCAGGCACUCGGAAGAUACGCCGCUGCAGGGCUGCCAGAACGAGCUGUCGCAGCUGCUGGAGCAGCUGGGCAUGGAGGCCAUCAGCGUGGUCGACCAGCGCACGGCCGAGCAAAUCGAAGAGGAGAAGAAGGCCGCCAUCCAGAAGCGUACCGAAGAACUCGAAAAGGAAGCCGAAGAAUCUGGUUCGAUGGGUGGCUUGCUGGCGCAGCUGAAGGGCACCAAGCUCAAGAAGGUGGACCCGGCCGAAGUCGAAAAGCAGAAGCUGGCGGCGCCUCCUCCGCCCGCGCUGGGCGACUCGCUGGGCAUGUUCACCUCGCUCCAGGACACGCUGCGGGGUGCGCUGGAGAUGCGCAAGCUGGCCAUCAUGGACUCGGACUCCGAUGACGACGAUGACGACGACGACGACUUCUGGGACGACGAUGACGAUGACGACUUCGACGACCUGGACGACCUCAUGAGCACGACCGUCCGUAUCUGA